AUGUCCUACUACAAGCUCUAUCAGAGCUUCUACAAAAGGCAGAAUCAUCAGAUCUUGCAUCCGCCGAGACUUUGCUUUGAUACUUUGGAAUUUUAUAUCGACAUAUGGGCUGGAGACAAGUUGAUUUAUUCAGACGUAGUGCAUGGUCCUGUUUUCGAUGCUGGAAUCAAACUCCCUCCCCAUAGAAUCUCCAGCGUCCUUGGAUAUCACCUGCAGGCUACAGAGUACAAGAUGAUGCUGGCGGUUGAGCCGACCUUCAAACUGCCAUUGAGUCAGCCUGUUAGUGUUUCAGUGCUCGUGGGGCGCAAGGACACCAACAAGCUUGCCCGCAUCAUUCACAAAGCUAUGUUUGAUUAUAUUGAUCGGUCUUCUUAUAGAGCAAUGGCAUUCGACGUCAUUGACAUUUCCCCCAUGUAUCGUUUCUUGCCAAACAUCCGGGGAUGGAUCUCGCUGCUUUUCAUGGAAGGUGGAGAUGAGUGUGAAAUUGAUGUUUUUGGCAUUCAGAUGGAUUUCAAUGAUGUUGCCAACUCUAAGGAUGAGCUGUUGGCCUUGACAGACAUGGAAGCAGACCAACUUGACCCAUUUGAAGCAACAGCUCGAGUCAAUAAGUUCGUGUUGCCUGAGUUCAUCCUGCAAUGGAUCUUGUGCUCUCUCUUCCUCGUCACGGGUCACUGGGUCAUGGUUCUCAUUUCACUCCCCAUUGCCUGCUUUCAUUUGACGCUCUACUUGAAAGGGAAGCAUCUCAUUGAUGUCACUGAAGUGUUCCGGAGUCUUGCUCGCGAGAAACAGCAUAGGGUGAUCAAGUUAGGUAUCUACUUGGUCUUCCUCUGCAUUACCAUCUUCAGGGUGGCUCUGGUCAAGUUUGAUACUCUGAGAAGUGCAGCAGCUGAUCCCGUGUAUUUCAGGUGAUCAAUGAUAGCUGGCUGAUAACAGUGUACAUAUGAGAGAUGUGGUUUACCCAUAUUUCUGGUACUGCCCUCAUUGUUGUUAGAUAGAGGAACUCGUUGACUAUGUUUGUGUGGCUUGUUCACUUGAGAAGAUAUGGAAGGGUUGACCAUGAAAUUGACAAGCUUUUGUUAGAAUGUUGUACUUCGAAGCUUACAUGUGAAAGCUCUGAACUUCCUGACAUAAGUUGAUUGAUAGUUGACUGCUAUUUGUACACAAAGAAGUUGAAGUUUUAAAACGAUGAUAAAUGCUAUGGAUUCAUGAUUAGGUUAUUGG